AUGGAACCAAGUCUCAGUCUCAGUUAUAAUAAUAAUACCAGCACCAAUAGCAAUUGCAACAGUGGUUCUGAUAUCGUUACCUGGUUUGAAGAUGUAUCCAAGGACGCUGGUUCAGUUCAGACUCAGAUGCUAUGCCAGAUUCUGAAGCAGAACUAUGGUGUGGAGUAUCUGAAGAAAUGGUUGGGAAACUACAAUAUCCCAGAGAUGGAUGAUGCAUGUGCAUUGGAAUCUCUUUUCACUUCUUUGGUUCCCCUUGCCUCACAUGCAGACUUUGAGCCAUAUAUCCAAAAAAUUGCAGAUGGAAACACAGGUCCUAUACUCACUCAACAACCCAUAACCACUCUUUCCUUAAGUUCUGGAACCACAGAAGGAAGGCAAAAGUUCGUACCCUUUACAAACCAUAGUGCACAAACUACCCUUCAAACAUUCACUUUAGCAGCAGCCUAUAGAUCAAGGAUUUAUCCAACAAGGGAAGGAGGUAGGAUUCUUGAUUUCAUAUACAGCAGCAAUCAGUUCAAAACAAAAGGAGGCAUAGCAGUAGGAACAGCCACAACACAUUACUACGCAAGUGAAGAAUUCAAAAUAAAACAGGAGAAAACAAAGUCAUUUACUUGUAGUCCAUAUGAUGUUAUUUGUGGUGGGGACUAUAAACAAUCCACGUACUGUCACCUUCUCCUUGGUCUCUUCUUCUCUGAUCACGUAGAGUUUAUUUCCUCAGCUUUUGUCUAUGGCAUAGUGCAAGCGUUUUGCAGUUUUGAAGAGCUUUGGAGAGACAUCUGCAAUGACAUUAGAGAUGGUACUCUGAAUUCAAGAAUAAUCAAACUACCCAAAAUGAGAGAUGCUGUUUUGGGUGUAAUCUCUUCAAACCCAUCUUUGGCUUCAAAAUUAGAAACAGCUUGCCAGGAGCUAGAACUGGUGGGUUGGUUUGGUUUGAUUCCCAAACUUUGGCCAAAUGCUAAGUACAUAUGUUCCAUAAUGACAGGUUCUAUGCAACCAUACUUAAAAAAGCUUAGGCAUUAUGCAAAUGGGUUGCCUUUAGUUAGUGCUGAUUAUGGCUCAAGUGAGAGCUGGAUAGGGGUUAAUGUGGAUCCUAGUUUGCCCCCGGAGGAAGUAACAUUUGCUGUAGUUCCCACUUUCUCUUACUUUGAGUUCAUACCACUUCACAGACAGAAACAAGAUUGCAUUUCAGUUACUGAUGAUUUCAUGGAAGACAAGCCAAUCCCACUAUCCCAGGUUAAAGUUGGACAAGAAUAUGAAAUAGUCCUCACAACUUUCACCGGGCUAUAUAGGUUCAGAUUAGGAGAUGUGGUGGAAGUGGCUGGUUUUCACAAUGGGACCCCAAAAUUGAACUUUAUAUGCAGAAGAAAACUAAUUCUAACAAUAAAUAUAGACAAGAAUACAGAGAAGGACCUUCAAAUAGUGGUAGAGAAGGGGUCACAGUUACUAAACAAGACCCCCCAAGCUGAGCUAGUUGAUUUUACUAGCUAUGCGGAUGUGUCUAAUCAACCAGGGUGCUAUGUCAUUUUCUGGGAGAUCAAAGGGGAGGCAGAGGAUAAUGUACUUAACGAGUGUUGCAGAGAAAUGGAUGCAGCUUUUGUUGAUCAUGGUUACGUGGUCUCAAGAAAAACCAGUUCAAUAGGUCCAUUAGAGCUUCGCAUUUUAGAGAGAGGAACUUUCAAGAAGAUUUUGGACUAUUUUGUAUCAAAUGGAGCAGCUUUGAGCCAGUUCAAGACCCCGAGGUGCACUCACAAUCCUGUCCUCCUCAAAAUUCUUAAUGCAUGUACCAUCAAAACUUUUCGCAGCACUGCUUACACUUCAACCCAACCAUAA